AUGGAUCGCCCGAACACCCGACCACAACCAACCGACGAACCACGCUCGUCACUCCGUGAUCGUGAGCACAGGUCUUCUUGGGCAAGCUUUUUGCCGAGGGAUCCGUCAUCACAUUUCCGUGAGCAGGCCAUCAACACCGCCAGUCCAGACAACACGCCGCUGUCACCGGAGCUCAUUGACGCGGCCCAUGCCAGUGAAGGGCAACGUCUGCUCAAUGAAUUCAGCAAGACUACAGUAUAUCUUCUUUACUCCACCAGCACACGCGACUCGGUCCGGUCUCAUCUCUACCAUCUGGCACAGCAGUCGGAGCCUUUGUACAAUGUGUUCAUUGCGAUACAUCUGUACACUUCAAACCCGGAAAGCCCGCCCCCGCAGUUCGAAGAGUACUACGACCGCAGCUUGAGAAUGUUUCGGGACCGGCUAGCUCGCUACGAUGGGACUCUUGAUGAGGGCCUCAUGAGCGCGGGAAUCUUCAUCUGCACCCUGAACGCCAAUCCCUGGUCUGUGCAUCUCAAGCAUAUGCUGCAAGUAUAUGGGUUUGAUGUAAGCGGAGGCGAGCUCAGCCGCUUUGCGGAUCUGAAGCUCCAAUUCCCGGUUGAAGUAAUGGCGAUCAUGGACUUGCCAACAUUUGUGCGAGGCCGCCAUACUACGACACUAGGCAUUUGGUCCAGGUUUCGAGAAGCCCAGCGCACACUGCUCGGCGGAAAGGCUCUCGGCGUGGAGGUCGUCUCCGGUAUUCCCCGUAGCUUACUCGACAUAUUUGCGACGAUCGAGGACGAGUCCGCCGAAGCGGCUUUCCUGAGCUGGCCGGGCGAGGUAGGCGAGGUGCCGCACUGCCAUUUAUGGGAAGCCUACCGUCUGGCAGGCGUGCUGGUUGGUCGGCGCCUGCGGCGAAAACAACGCGGCGGAAAGCUUCGCGAUCCGCCAUCUCCAACGGUCGACGUCCUCCUAGCGCGCCUCAUAGCUGCUCUAGAUGCGCUUUGCGACACGCGCCUUCGGCCGGAGUACAGCCACCUCCUGGCGCUCAACGCCACGCUGUAUCCCUGCACGGCGGCCCGGCAAGAGAUCGCGGCGAUGCGAAGGAGGCCAGACUGGGUUGAUCAACUCCGCCGCAUCUUGAGGCUGUGCGAGCCAUACGGCAAAACGGCAAACGCCAAGACGGUAGACAAGAUGCUAGAGGAUGCGCUGGACAGUGGGGAUGACAGUUUUGACAUUGAUGACGAGGCGAGGAGGCGGGGUGUGGAGAUCUCCCUGCUCUGA